CUCUGACUUGAAGUGUGUGUGUGAAUGUUUGUCUGUCAAAAACAAACAGCUUGUGAAGGAUCAACACCAAUGGGCGCGCCUGUAAAACAUUCCAUUCACCACACCCAGCAUCACCUUUCAACACACGCAUUAGGUAAUAACGCAGAUAGACUUGCCUGUACGCUGAGUCGUGGCCUCAGGCGUUUGCAGGAACGAGAGCUUCUUCACUCAUAUUUGUUGUUCCACCCAAACUCAACACGUUCUCUCUUCGCCUGCUGAGAGCUCAACCACUGCAGCAAUGCAUACCUCUGGUGUUUGUAUGAACAUCAUCAAUGCACGUCAUCAGAAAAGUGGCCGUGGGACCAUCACCAACCCCAUUAGCUUCCUCAACCAAGACUACGAGCAGAUGAAACAGUACUGCCUCAGCCGACGAGUAAGGUACAUUGAUGAGAUGUUCCCCCCUGACAGUAACACCAUCGGCGAAGGGUUACUGAAACCUUCUGACCUGGACCGUGUGGUGUGGCUGAGACCAGCGGUUAUGGUAUCCAAUCCAUCUUUUGUUGUUAAAGGGAUCUCCAGAUUUGACUUUGGUCAAGGCCAUCUUGGAAACUGCUGGUUCCUUGCAUCUAUCGGAGCUCUGACAUUCCACAAGUCAAUACUAAAGCAAGUUGUUCCUCCUGAACAAAGUUUCAAUGAGGACUACUGCGGGCUGUUCCACUUCAGGUUUUGGAGGUUUGGGAAAUGGGUAGAUGUUAUCAUUGAUGACAAGCUACCAACAAUUGAUGGAAGAAUAAUCUUCGUCCAAUCCAAAACUCCGACUGAGUUCUGGCCUGCUUUGCUGGAGAAAGCCUAUGCCAAGGUGUGUGGUUCAUACGCAGAUAUGAAGUCUGGAACUCCUGCUGAGGCUUUGGUUGACUUCACUGGCGGUGUCCACAUAUACGUGAACCUCACAGAACCUCCUCCGGACCUGUGGGAGCUGAUGACAAGAGCUGGACAGAAUAUUUCCCUGAUGGGCUGUGGGACUCAUAAGGGGAAAACAUCUGCCAAUGAUGUGCUGCCAAAUGGAUUGGUCCAAGGCCAUGCCUAUGCUGUCACAGGUGUGAAACAGUUUAUUAGCCGAGGGAAACUCGUUAACCUGGUGCGUUUGUGGAACCCCUGGGGCCAAACAGAGUGGAACGGACAGUGGAGCGAUAAUUCGCCUUUGUGGCAAACUGUGACUCCUCAGGAUCGUGAAAUGUGCCUUUCAAUGAUAAAUAAUGGAGAGUUUUGGAUGACACUGGAAGACUUCUGUGAGUUCUACGAUGAUCUUGACAUCUGCUGCCUGUGUCCAGACUUCCUUGAUGGAAGCUCCACGUGCCAUUGGAAGUCGUCAUUCUAUGAGGGCAGAUGGGUUGCAGGAACCACGGCUGGAGGAUCCACGGAGAACUAUGAAAAAUUCUCAACUAAUCCACAGUAUCGGAUCAAGGUCGGCAAAUUAUUCAGUGAGUGUUCAGAGAACCAGGGGGAAAAAAACUUUCUGGUGUCUCUCAUGCAAAUGCCCGACAAAAGGAACAGACGCCUGGUUGAAAAUCUCCACAUUGGACUCAACGUAUUUGAGGUGACUGAAGAGUACCAGGCAAACAAAGGGAGGUUCCAAGCUUCUUUCUUCGCCAAAAACAAAGUUGUGGCAAAAACUAAAAGCUACUUGAACGCACGUGACGUGAUGGAGUUCGUCAUGUUGAAGCCUGGUGAAUACCUGAUUGUGCCAUCCACCUACCAUCCCAAUGAGACGGCCUCCUUCAUCCUGACCAUCCUGUCCAAGGCCGAGAACCAUGUGCAUGAGGAUUCUGGAGGCCAUAACCACGAACACAACGAAACAGAAGAGAAAACACCAGAGGAAAGUGUACUGGAUGACGCAAAUAAGAGAAACUUUUUCCGUCAAAACUCUGACAAGUAUGAAGAAGUGGAUGCUGAGAUGCUCCAGAUGAUUCUAAAUGACCGAAUCUUGAAAGGAGAUUUGAAAUCUGGAGGCUUCAGCAUCGAUGCCUGUCGCAGCAUGAUUUCUCUGAUGGAUACGUCUAUCACGGGCAAACUGAAUGGCGAGGAAUUCCUUCGUCUGUGGAAGAAGGUCAUCGUGUACAAGGACAUUUUCUCCCAAAAGGACGUUUCACUUACAGGAACACUGUCUCUGAAUGAGCUCAGGAAUGCUGUCAUGGCCUCAGGAAAGCGUGUCAGCGAUGACAUGCUGAAUUUGAUGGCUCUGCGCUACGGUGCCUCCUCUGGACACAUGACACUGGAGAGUUUCAUCAGUCUCCUCCUUCGCUUUGAAUGCAUGUCCCAAAUCUUCAAGCAGCUGUCUGAUGGAUCGUCCAUGACUCUUGGUGAAUCAGAGUGGAUGUACCUUUCCAUGUACACUUAAUCUGCCAGAGAAGAUGAGCUGCAGGACUCAUUUGGAACAACGGCAGCAGACGAUGUCCAAAUAGAAUAAAAGAACAAACAAAGUAAUUUCUAUUGCAAAUAAGCUGUUCUAUAUUUUUUUAACAACAGGGCGUUUCUUUCACUCCAUUGCAAAGCUGAGUCGGAGAACAAAAGAAUAGCACAGACAGAUAUGCUAUCAGAUACUCUGAAUAUUUUUUUUAUAAAAAAUGCUACGCUGAAAACUGGCAAAGAAAAGGUCAAAUAUUUUACUGCGUGGAUCAUGGCUACACUAAUGUAGCUAAUGUACUAAUGUACAAUGUGAAUGGGUAUUGUUCAUUUUAGGUGGGUUACUGCAUUACCCGAUUUACAAUUAGAUGGAAUUUUUCCAAAAUACGAUUUUUUGGGGCCAUGCAAUAAGCAUGUAUCACUGGUACCCAUGAAGCCAUAUCACUUUCUGUAAUCUUCCACCUUUGUCUCUAUACAAUUACCAUGUUGUUAACAGUGAAUGUUUACAUGGACAGCAACAUUUCAAUAUUAUUCCGAUCAAGACACUAGAAUAAGACAAUGUCAUAUAAAGAUAAUUUAUUGAUUACUUUAACCUGAUAAAUGUCUUACUCAGACUAAGCACUAUUUAAAUCAAGAUAUGUGGAGUAUUCCAAGCUAAAUCAGAUUAUGACAGCAUGUAUAGGUCUUAAUAAUAUUAAAAGGUCCUACUGGAGUUUUCAUUGUAUUUUCUGACAUCGACAUACGGCAGUAACCAACUGCUUGAUGACAUUUGCCCUGGGUGUAAACAAGAUGCUAUUUCAAGUUGGGGUUUUAAAUCUGUUGGAUUGACAUCGGACACAAUGGCUUAGUGGACAUAGUAAUGAGUCCUAACCAGACUGCUCUGUGACAUGUAAACAGGAAUAUGAAUUGAUUUGAAUUGAAUUCUAUUAGUAACUCAUCUAAACAACAUAAUAGACAUGUCUAAUUCUGUAUGAAGGUCAACAGUUGGAAUAUUGGUGUCCAUAUAAACAGUGUAAUUUCAUGAAUACUAUUCAGUAAUAUGAUUGCCACGGAGGGGGAAUUAGCCAAUAUUAGCAUGCUAGCGUGCGAGGAUAUGUAUAUGUUAUACCGGCUAAUUACCAGCUUGUUAGCAGUAAUGAUAGCAUACAGUAGUUAGCAUGUACUGUACAAUGCUGUGAUUUUUUUUUUGGUGAAGGUUUUUUGAUUGAAUUUAACAAAAUAAAGAUAUAAUCCAGGUUAA